AUGCGCAAAGAGGCCAAGAAAUAAACUGAGUAAGAUAAGCAACGCUAAGCGAAAGAAGAUUCUUAAUGGCAUGAUCCUGAUCCAACGGCUGCUAAAAAGGCUCAGAAAAAACUGGAAGAGGAGGAAAAGAAGGAGUAAUUACUAAAAAAUAAGCUAGAAAAGUAGUAGCUAUUAGAAUAGGAAGAAAAGGAGAUUCAAGCGGCAAAGAUUAAAAAAUCUACCUAAACUGGAAAGAAAGCAAAAUAGUAUGAUGCAGCAGAGGCAUAGAAGAAAGCUUUACUGAAAUCAAUGUAGAAAAUGAUGGGAGGGAUGAGCGUUGAAGAAGAGAAAAAAACCACUGAUGUGAAUGAUAUUGAGGAGAUCAAGAAUGACAUUGAGGAAGUUAAAUAGGAGCCAAUAGAGAUGAUAAAGCAAUAACCAUCGAAGUAGUAAAUGAAUGCAGAUAAUUCUGAUGAUGAUGAUGAUCAGAAAGACAAACAUCCUGAGAAGAGAAUGAAAGCAGCCUUUUAGAAAUUUGAAGAGGAAAGACUGAAGGAAUUAAGAGAGGAUUACCCUACGUUGAAAAUGCAAUAGCUUAAAGAAAAGGUCUGGAAAGAGUGGAAGAAAAGUCCCCUUAACCCAAUGAAUUAAUAGUGA